AUGUCUGUCACGUUACAUACCACCCAAGGCGACCUCAAGGUCGAGCUUUUCUGCGAAGCAGUACCCCAAACCGCAGAGAACUUCCUCGCCCUUUGCGCAUGCGGCGCAUAUAACGACACCCCUUUCCACCGUCUUAUCCCUGGGUUCAUGGUCCAGGGUGGAGACAUCUCCCUCGGCCCCGUCGCGCGAGACACAUCUACGAAACCAAUGCUCAACUUCGAGAUCCCGAAAGGCGGCACAUCGAUCUACCACCCCGCGGCCAUGAACCAAGAAAUCCACCUCCCAUCACUGCGACACAAUGCGCGAGGCAUUUUGUCCAUGGCAUCUCGCCCGGCGAAGGACAGGACCGCACCGGGAUCGCAGGGCGCAACGGGUGCGACGAUCAACGGCAGUCAGUUCUUUAUUACGUUUGCGGCGGCGCCACAUCUUGAUGGUGCUAGUACUGUGUUUGGAAAGGUGUUGAACUUGACGGCCCAGGAUGAAGGUGGUGAUGUCCUCACAAAGCUGGAGAAGGCGAAUGUGAAGGUUGACAAGAAGGGGAAGGUUUCUCAACCUAAGGAGGGCGAUGAGUUCGAACCAUUCAAGAUCAAGAAUGUUACUAUCCACGCCAAUCCAUUUGCCAAGUGA